UCCGAAAUUAAAAUGUAUUUUGCUACGUUUUUGCAAUUUUUUUUUUACACCUGCGAAUGUUCGCCGCUAGCUUUAGCGACUAAGCUACGCUAGCUAGAAGCUGCAGCGAGCUAAACUGUUGUUAAUUUGAGUGUGUGGAUCGUUUUCUUCCCGGCCCAGAUAAAAAGUAGUGCAACAGCAACGACGCUUUGGAAAUGGACACAAGAGCCUUGAGGAAUCCAUAUCCUGAUUAUGAUGGGAGUCCUGCGUCUACACAGGCUUUGUUUGAUAUUGAGGGAAAGCUCACAUCAGAGUUUGCCCAGCAGCUGAGCAGCAAGAUCUGUGAGCUCUUAGCUGUCAUGGAAAAUGGGCUGAAGUCUGCUGAUCCAAGAAAUUGCACUACUUACACAGGCUGGGCAGGCAUUGCCCUGCUCUACCUGCACCUCCACAAUGUGUUCAGGGAUCCCUCCUUCCUGCAAAAAGCACUAGAAUAUGUGAGCCGCAGCCUCAAGUGUUUGACCCGGCGUCAUGACGUCACCUUCCUGUGCGGAGACGCGGGACCGCUGGCUGUAGCGGCUGUAGUCUACCAUCGCCUUCAGAGGAUGCAAGAGACUGAUGAGUGCAUCAACAGACUGUUGCAGUAUCACCAGACUGUGGUGACGGGUUCAGGCGGGCUGCCAGACGAGAUGCUUUAUGGGCGGAUGGGCUACCUCUAUUCUCUCGUCUUCAUCAACCAGCAGCUUGGGCAAGACAGGAUCCCACUGCAGUACAUCCAACAGAUCAGCGAAGCUGUGGUGGCGUCAGGUGAGCAUCUCAGCAGGAAGUUCCGGGUGCAGAACCAGAGCCCCCUGAUGUACGAGUGGUACCAGGAGCAGUAUGUUGGCGCUGCCCACGGCUUGGCUGGCAUUUAUUAUUUCCUCAUGCAGCCAGGCUUUGUUUCUGCGGCGGAGCAUGUGCACAGGCUGGUGAAGCCCAGCGUCGAUUACGUUUGCCAUCUAAGAUUCCCCACAGGAAACUACCCUCCGUGCAUCGGAGAUGAUCGAGACCUGCUGGUGCACUGGUGCCAUGGCUCUCCAGGGGUUAUCUACAUGCUCCUGCAGGCCUACAAGACUUUUGGUGUUCCUCAGUACCUGGAGGACGCUCUGUACUGCGGGGAGGUGGUGUGGCGGUACGGUUUGCUCAAGAAGGGCUAUGGGUUGUGCCAUGGCGCGGCAGGCAAUGCCUACACCUUCUUAGCCCUCUACCGGCACACGCAGGAUCCCAAGCACCUUUACAGAGCCUGCAUGUUUGCAGACUGGUGUAUGAACUACGGCAAACAUGGAUGCCGGACACCUGACACUCCCUUCUCUCUUUUUGAAGGCAUGGCAGGCACCAUCUACUUCUUGUCCGACCUUCUGCAGCCAAUGAAAGCAAGGUUCCCGGCCUUUGAGAUAUAGACAGGGUCCACAGGUAGUGCUCCCCACCCACACUGCAGAUAAUUUAACAAGAAGACGACUCAUUCUGCUCUCUGUCACACGCAUGCAUGGAAACACUGCAUUGGUGAAUAAUAUCCAAGGAGUUUACAAGAAAUGUAGUCUUGAUGGCUCCUGCUUCAGACUUUGUGCCAUCUUUCUCCUGCUCUUCUCUCCUAGGAAUUGAUGUCUUAUUAACAAGAAGAAUCUUAUUAGAUCUCAAAAAUAUGUUGCGAGCUUCUAUAGCAUCUUUUUUUUGGUCUAGCUGUAACUUCUGCUCUGUAAACUCACAUUGUAAUGUCUUUUAGGGAUUCAGCUAAAAAAAAAAAAGACAAAGCAAUUUUAAUUUCAGACUGUCAAAGCAGAAAAAGAAAAUGUGGGCAAACAAAUAAGAUGUUAAACUGUAUAUUUGUAUAAUUUCUAAGUUGAACAUAGUUGCUUUUGUUUUCGAUUUAGUGUUUUUAUUUCUUUUUCGAAAAGCAGCAAUGCUUGUAAUGUCGUACUAGAUUUAUUACUGUACAAGCUGUGUCAUGUGUGCAGGGCUUAACCCCCACAAUACCCGGUGUAAAGCUGUCGCCUGUUCUUUGCACUGUUUGAGCAAUAAACUUUUUACAGCUGUU